AUAUCCAUAUAUAUAUAUAUAAAGAAAAAAGAGGAGAAAAAGCAAAAAAGAAAAACAGUUCAUUAACAGCGCGCAUUACUGCGACGUCGCGUCGACGCCGUCGUCGUCGUCGUCGCAUACGUGACAACGGCCAGCUGCACAGCACAACAACAACAACAACAACAACAGCAGGAAUUACAACAGCUGUCAGGAUGCCGCUCUCCCAGGGUUAUUACAUGAAACCUUCGCUGGCCACCAAACGCGCGCUGAAACCGCUGCGCAAGGAGAAUCAACAGCAACAGCAACAAUUGCAACUGCAACUGCAACAGCAGCAGCGGCAGCAACAGCACUUGGGCGCUGCGGCACGACCGCUGUCCAGCUCAACGCACACGCUGCACGCGCUGCUGCUCAACAACAACAACAACAACAGCUCGCAGCAGCUGUCCUUUUUGCUGGGCGAGUCCUUUGCCCGCUUGGGCAGCCUGGCGCAGGCGUUUAAUGUGUACGAGCUGAUUGCCAGCCUGCAGCCGGACGGACAUGUGCCGCUGGACAAGCUGGCGGUCUUGGCCAGCGCCUUGACCGCACACAUACGCCAGCUGGGCGGCAUUGUGGGCGUGGGCGUGGGCGUGGGCGUGCCAUCGGCCAGCCAGGCGCUGGAGACGAAUCGCAGAACCAGAUACCAGCAGAUGCGACAGCACGUGGACAUUUGGAGGGCGCACACGCUGGGCUUGGAGCUGUUGCCGGGCACGGAUUUGGAUUUGCAUGCGCCGACGCGAGAACUAGGCGUACCGAGCCCAACGCUGAGCGAGGACUACGAUCCGCUGCUGUGCCCGCUCUGCGCGGACAUGCUGCGCGCUCCGGUGACAACCAAUUGCGGGCACACGUUCUGUGGCCAGUGCUGCGAGGCGAUCACGCAGUGCAACAUCUGCCAUGUCAAGUUUCCGCGCAGUGCCGACCGUUUGCCGCAGGCCGUGGCCUUGACCAGCACCACCUCCUCCUCCGCCUCCUCCUUCACCUCCUCCAACAGCAGUAGCAGCAGCAGCAGCAGCCUCGGCCUUGGCCUGGGCCUGGGCCUCGCCAGCUCAUCGACGCGCUUCAUGCCGGGCCUGCCGCCCGCGCCUGUCAGCAGCAGCUUUCCCCACGGACUCGGCCUGCGUCUGGCCGUGCCCGCGCCCACCACGGUGACCACCACAACGGUGGCUUCGACGACGGCAACGGCCACCACGACCAUGGCCUCCAGCAGCUCCGCAUCCGCCCUGGUGGCCGGCAUGGGCGGCUAUGCGCUGGGCGGCACCACGGCCAUGAAGUUCAUGCCGGAUGUGCUCGUCAGGCGUCUGGUCGAGAAGUGGUGGGGCGCCGAGCUGCAGGCCAAAAAGAUCAUCGAAAAGGCCACCAGCUGCAUGCAUCUCAAUCGCCUGGACGAUGCGCUCAAGUUCUGCAAUGCCAGCCUCGAGAAAGCGCCGAGCAACUUCAAGAGUCUCUGUCUGCGCGCCGAGGUGCUGCUCAAGCUGAGCCACUAUCAAAGCUCCCUGGCGGACAUUGAGAAUGCGCUGCGCACGCGCUGCACUUCACCCAAGGCACACUAUUUGCGCGCCUUGGCGCUGAGCGGCUUGGGCCGACUGGAGGAUGCCCUGUACAAUGGCUUUCUGGCCAUUUGCCUGGACAGAAACACAAAUCUCAGCAACUCGGAAAUCUUUCAACAUGAUCUCGCCAAGAUACUGCAACGUCUCCUGGCCCAAACGCCCAAAAGUCGCGCAGCGAUUGACUCGCUGCCGCCGUCGGCUGCGCAGCUGCAGCGCAGCUAUGCGGUCGCCGCCAAACCGCCGUACGCGCUGCUCUGGGAGCAGAUGCGGCGGCGCAGGAAACAGCAUCAUCAUGUGCAUCUGGACGAUGUUGAGGAUGAGUUCGGCCUGAGCUGCGAGAAGGACUACGAUAACUAUAUCAUGGCCGACGAGGAGGAGGUCGAGGUGGAAGUGGAGGAGGAGGAGGAGGCAGCGGCGGCAGCGGCGGCGGCGGAAGAGGCACAGCUGCAAAUGGACGGUGACUUUCUGUUCCCCAGCGCCCUCGACUAUAUCGAUCCGCGCAACGUCUAUGAGCAGCUGCACAGCGCCAAGCAGUUCGAGCUGCAGGCGCGUCGGCAUGCCAAUCGCAAGCAUUGCCGCAGAAAAUGGGCCGCGGCACAGGCGGCGGGGCAGCUGCCACAUGUGGCAGCCGGCUGCGAGACGCGACGCUGCAGCCGCUUGCUGAGCGGCGUGCUCGAGCGCACGCAGCAGGAGAUGCAGCGACUGAGAAAGCUGGAUGGGUCGGAGCAGCGGCAGCUGACCGCCGUUGGGGGCCAGCUGAUCGAUGCGAGCGACUUUGAUUGCGUGCUGUGCUGCCGGACGCUGUGGAAGCCGGUGGUGACGCCGUGUGGACACACCUACUGUCUGGUAUGCUUGGAUCGUUGCAUGGAUUACAACUCCUCGUGUCCAUUGUGCAUGUCACCACUUGUGGAACUAAAUGUCAAUAAUAAUCUGUAUCAGGGCUCAUCCUCGCCAGUACCCUUUGCGCUGGCCAAGCGGCCAGUUACGAAAUUCCUAGAAGCCGCAAUGAAACGAUUCAUUCCAGACCACUACGAGGCGCGCUUUCGCCAGGAAAUCGAUCAGGAGCCCUCGGUGCCGGUAUUCAUCUGCACCGCGGCCUUCCCAUCGGUACCCUGUCCGCUGUUCGUCUGUGAUCCCCGCUACCGGCUGAUGGUGCGGCGUGCCCUCGAGUCCGGCGACAAGACGUUCGGCAUUGUCCAGCCGCACAGCGGCAAGUCCCGAUACUAUGAUGUCGGCACCAUAUUGGACAUAAGGGAUUGUGUCCUGCUCGGCGACGGUUGCUCCAUACUGAGCACCAUUGGUUGCAAGCGCUUCAAGAUACUCGCGCGCAGCGAAAAGGAUGGCUACGAGACGGCCAAGGUGGAGUACAUAUGCGAUGAGCCGAUUGCCAUCGAUCAGGUUCAAUCCGUGGCCGCGAUGCAGUCCCUGGUGCUGGCCAAGGCGACCGGCUGGUUCGAGAGCCUCAGCACCGAGCAAAAGCACGAGAUACUCCAGAGCUAUGGCCAGAUGCCGCCGCUCGAGCACAGCUGGCAGCUGAUCGCAGACGGGCCCGCCUGGGCCUGGUGGAUCAUUGCCCUGCUGCCGCUCUCCCAGCAGCUGAAGGUGGACAUACUGGGCACCACGUCGCUGAAAAAGCGUCUGCGCGCCAUUGACAAGACGCUCGACUAUCUGCGGGAACUGAGUCAGCCGCAGCCGCAGCAGCAGGCGCCGCAGCAGUCGCCGCAACAGCCGCACGAUCUCAGCCUGGACUGCGAGGAGCAGGUCGCCGACGAAGCCGCAGCCGGUGUCGGUGUGGACGAGUGCUGCCUGUACGGCGAGUCGCACACCGACGAGGAGUUGCUGCUGUAGUGCAGCCCGCCUAGCUGUAGCUCUAGCAGUAGCAGUAGCUGUAGCAGUAGCUGUAGCAGUAGCUGUAGCAGUAGCUGUAGUUGUAGUAGUUGUAGUGAGUGUGAAAAGCGUUUCUCAAUAUGGUUAAAGCGAGCGUAAAUUCUGUGUCUAAGCCAUUCGUAUUACACGUUACUGUUAUCCUAGGGGCCAAAACGAAAGAUAUAAUAACUUAGCAGAACCAAAUUAUCAGUAGACGAAACUGUAACUGUAACUUAGAACUGUAAACUCUAAACUGUAAACUGUAGCUAUAAAAUGUAAACUGAAAACUGUAAGCUUUACAGAUGUUAACUGAAAACUGUAAACUUCAAAAGUGUAAACUGAAAACUUUAAGCUGUAAACUGAAUGUGUGUAAAAGUUGAACUCAAUGUGUAGCUUAUGAGAGAGAUUUAUAGCAAUUAUCUAUAAGUAUGUAUAUAUAAUACACAUACAAUCAAAAGUCGCCCCUAACAAUCUAGAGAGCCCCCUAAUUUCUUGUUGAAACCAAACAAAAAAAAAAA